AUGAAAUUCUUAACUACCAAUUUUGUAAAGUGUGCAGUUAAAAGCUGCAACGCAUCAACAGAAUCAUUCCCAUUAAAAUACACCGAAUGUGAGUUAGCACAAGAAGAACAGGAAUACAAUCCUGAGUUUCUUUGUCAUAUGCUAGAAAGAUUGGAUUGGGAUGCAGUCGUCAAGGUGGCCAAAGAUUUAGGCAAUGAUCAAUUACCUCCAAAUAAACCAACCGAGUUAGACCCAAUAAUGGAAGAUGACCAACUCAUCUUAAAAGAUUUACACGCUUUACUAAUCGAAACUCAAAUCUUAGAAGGGAAAAUGACUUGCAAUAACUGUGGCCAUAUCUACUAUAUCAAGAACUCCGUUCCAAACUUCCUUUUACCACCUCAUUUAUGUUAA